GGUAUUGUAAUAUAAAAGGGUUUCAUAUAACUCUAUAUGAUUCAUCCUUUUCUCAGCACUGUACAUGAAUUUUAUACAUGGGAUUCAUUGAUUCAAUUCUACUAUGUAAUCAUGUUGUCUGUUGGCCAAAUAACUCCUUGCAGAGAUUGCCCAUAACUUAUAUGACAGGAAAAAAUUGCAGCUUGAGUUUGAAGAAAAGUGUAAAACUCAGAGUAAUAUCAACGCAGAGAGAAAAGAGAAAUCUGUAUCAAGUUUUGGGGGUGAGUGAAGAGGCUAGUGUAAGGGAUAUAAAGAGUGCAUACAGAAAGCUUGCAAAGCAGUUUCAUCCUGAUACUGUUUUGGAUGAGUACUUGAAAAACAUAAGCAUUAAGCAGUUUACUGAUAUUAAGGAGGCAUAUUCUACUCUGGUGGAUCCACAGAACCGUGCCCAAUAUGACUUCCAGCUAGGGUUGAGAAUUAAAGUUGCCACUUCUGACAGGGGAUGUUCCUUUAAGAAGCAAGGAAGGAAUUGGGAAACAGAUCAGUGUUGGUAAUGGAGGUGGCUUUGAGUUUAUUUUGCUAUUGGGCAAUAUGACACAAUUUCAGCUUCAUCUCUUGUAUCAUACUUUCAAAAAUUUGAACA